AUGAGAGUGACAGGCAUUAUUUUCAACUUCUUUGUUUUGACCAACGUGGUAUCAGCAUACGGCUUAAGAUGGGUCACGACUACACGUAACAGAGAAUUAUACAACUCACUGUUAGCCGCUCAACAGUUGAGGGACUGUCUAGGUGAUGAAAUUGAAAAGUACACAAUUGACGAAGUUGACGGACUCGGACUUGAUGUAACCGUGAAGGAGUACAGGAUGGUGGAGUACAGAGGAAUUGACAAGUUGGUACAUGACUGUAUGCAUGAGGUAACAGCUGCUGUUACAAUGCAAGUGACUCCAAAUGAGCAGUAUAUGAAAGACGAGGAGAAAAGAUUGCGGGCUGAAUUUGAUUCUCCUGCUGCUCGAGCUGCUCGGACUUGCUCUCGUUGUACCUCGUCGCAAUUGGAACAAGAAGAAACAACGUUGCCGACUCUUGGUGCAUCUGACAGUGUCAACCAAAGCAGGUUAGUUUCCAGCAUCGAGAAUUUGAUGCCUUCGCUCUUACCUUGGGAACAUGAUAUGGGGAGUUUUGGGUCAAAGCCCAUUCCAACAUUUUGA